AUGUCUGCGAUAGGUGCAGCUGCAGCACGGGCAGUCAGUCGAGCUGCUGCAGCUCCUGCUGGUCGUCCUCGAUCCUCCCGAGCUCUACGUCUUGCUCGGUCCUCCCGCACUCUGAUCGCAUGUCCGAUCACCUCUCCACGAUCCUACUCAUCCCCUUCUGCCGCCAACCCGUCUACAAGGUCUACUGUGGUGCAGUUACUCAGCAACAUCGGGUCCAAGAGGGAGGUGCAGCAAUAUCUCUCUCACUUCACCUCGGUCUCCUCCCAGCAAUUCGCCGUCAUCAAGGUCGGUGGAGCUAUCCUGACCGAACACCUUCAGACACUGUCCUCUGCCCUUGCAUUUUUGAACCACGUUGGCCUCUACCCGGUCGUCGUGCACGGUGCUGGUCCCCAGCUGAACAAGAUUUUGGAGGACUCCGGUGUGGAACCUCAGUUUGAAGAUGGCAUUCGGGUGACCGACCCGAAGACCUUGGGAAUUGCGCGUGCGCUAUUCCUGGAAGAGAACUUGCGUCUCGUCGAAGAAUUGGAACGGCUGGGUGUGCGCGCCCGACCGAUCACGUCGGGUGUCUUCACGGCAGACUAUCUAGACAAGGAAAAAUAUAAUCUCGUGGGCAAAAUCAACCAUGUCGAUAAGAGACCUAUUCAGGCCGCGAUUCAAGCAGGCUGCUUACCAAUCUUGACGUCCAUGGCCGAGUCGAAAGACGGCCAAGUUUUGAACGUCAAUGCUGAUGUUGCGGCUGGUGAAUUGGCCAGGGCACUCCAUCCAUUGAAGAUUGUCUACCUGUCCGAAAAAGGUGGACUGUUCAACGGUGACACCAAGGAGAAGAUUUCAGCAAUUAACCUUGACGAAGAGUAUGAUCACCUGAUGACACAGUGGUGGGUUCGCCAUGGCACGAGGUUGAAGAUCAAGGAGAUGAGAGAACUUUUGAUGGACUUGCCUCGAACCUCCAGUGUGGCGAUCAUCCACCCAGCCGACCUGCAGAAAGAACUAUUCACGGACUCGGGGGCAGGCACUUUGAUCCGCAGAGGUAAUAAGGUUCACAUCAAUACCUCCAUCGACCAAUUCGAGGAUAUCGACAAGCUCAAGGAAGUUCUCAUUCGCGAUCGCGCCGGACUUGAUGCCAAGGCCGUCGUUGACCAGUACGUCAAGGGCCUGCACAACCGUGAGUUCAAGGCCUACUUUGAUGAACCUAUGGAAGCGUUCGGUCUCGUGUUGCCGCCAAACGGAGAGACCACACUGGCUCACCUCGCCACGUUGACCAUUACCAAGAAUGGCUGGCUGACCAACGUGGCCGACAACAUCUUUGCUGCCAUCAAGAAGGAUUUUCCAAAGUUGAUGUGGACUGUCAAGGAAGAUGAUGAGAACCUGACCUGGUUCUUUGACAAGGCCGACGGUAGUCUCUCUAAGGACGGUGAGGUUCUCUUCUGGUACGGCUUGGAGACUAGCGACGAGGUUAAGGAUUUGAUGGUCGAGUUUACGAAACACGGCCGACAAAUGUUUGGCGACAUCAAUCUCGAGUCCAAGCUCGUCCGUGCUGCUCGAGCUGCUUCACAGCUGGCUGGCAAGGCUGCUCAAUCGGCUGGACUCACCCAAAAGAGAACAUUUUCGACACAGGCUAAUCCUUUGCGCUCUGCACGACGGUCUCGCUAUGUGACAAUGCCCGCUCUCUCCGUUCGUACCUAUGCUUCUACAACCAACCCAAACCCUCCUCUAGGUUCGAAGAACAGCUCCAACCCCAAGCCAUCACGGGUUGCCCUUAUCGGAGCCAGAGGCUACACCGGAAAGGCUCUCGUCGACCUACUGAAUCGUCACCCCAACAUGGACCUGCGCCAUGUCUCAUCCCGAGAAUUGGAAGGUCAGAAGCUCAAGGGCUAUGACAAGCGGGAAAUUAUCUAUGAGAAUCUGACUGUAGAAGAUGUCCAAAAGAUGGAGGAAGACGGUGCUGUAGACUGCUGGGUGAUGGCUCUGCCCAAUGGUGUCUGCAAACCGUUUGUGGAUGCUAUCGACCGUGUCGGCAAGAACAGCGUCAUUGUCGACUUGAGCGCCGACUACAGAUUUGACCCUGCCUGGACUUAUGGCUUGCCUGAGUUGGUCGACCGUUCCGCCAUUGCCAAAGCUACGAGAAUAUCUAAUCCUGGUUGCUACGCGACAGCAGCUCAGAUCGGCAUUGCUCCUCUGGUUCCGUACCUUGGUGGUCAGCCUACCGUUUUCGGUGUCUCGGGUUAUUCUGGUGCUGGUACCAAACCCAGCCCAAAGAACGAUGUGCAGAAUCUCACAGAUAACAUCAUCCCCUACUCUCUCACCGACCACAUCCACGAACGCGAGAUCUCCACGCAGUUGGGAACUCCCGUCGCUUUCAUUCCUCAUGUUGCUGUUUGGUUCCAGGGAAUCCACCACACAAUCAACAUUCCCUUGAAGGAGGAGAUGAAAUCGAGAGAUAUCCGAAACCUGUAUCAAGAUCGCUAUGCCGGAGAGAAACUGCUCAAGAUCAUCGGUGAACCCCCAUUGGUCAAGAAUAUCGCACACCGCCAUGGUAUCGAGGUGGGCGGCUUCGCCGUUCACUCCAGCGGGAAGAGAGCGGUCAUUUGCGUCACCAUUGACAAUCUGUUGAAGGGUGCUGCAACGCAAUGUCUUCAAAACAUGAACCUGGCGUUGGGCUAUGGAGAGUACGAAGGUAUCCCAUCCGACAUCGAAUUAUCUAUCAGGGUUUCGAAUGGGAUUUUAAAGCUUUGGCCAGGAUUCCUGACGAGCCGCGAGCACGGCGUAGCGACAAUAUGGUACGCGCUGGUCGCGACACUCGGGUCCAAAUCCAACCUGAAGAAAGUGACGCGUAGAGCGAUCCUAGACGUCAACGUCCCGAAAGCAUGCCAGACCAUCACGGAGCCCGAAUUGCCCAUGGCGCUACGUCUCCAGGGGAGUUUGUUGUUCGGAAUGACACGAGUCUUCUCGCAGCAAUGUGGUUAUGUCCUGGUCGAUGUCACGAGUCUGAGGGACAAGAUGAGGGGGACUGAAUAUGCCUCGAAUGAGAUGGAAGUCGAUCCGGAAGUGAGCAAGACGAGACCUGAACAGCUCAACAUUCAAGAAGACCCUUUCUAUUUCCCCGAGAUGCACCUCAAUUUCGACCUCGCUGCUUUUGGUAUCAUGUCUGAAUACCCGACGGCGAAUAGCGGGACCUCACCACACAGCCUUCCAUCAACGCAGUCGAGCCUACAGGUUGGUGACGGGGACUUUGAUGAAGAAGAAGGAGAAGAAGCUGGUCUGGACAUACCUUCUUACAGCACGCCUGGAGGAAUAUCGGGGUUCGUUUCGGCAUCAGGAACAAGCUUUCAUACAGGCAGCGGCAGCAAUAUACAAGAGCGUUCUUUUCUGUUCGAGGACGAGCCCCUUGUUCUCGAUGACCCUGUCUUUGACCUUGGGGAUGACGGGUUUCUGCAUCCAGCUGUUUCCGCAGACUUGCAGGACGAAGGCGAGACAGGCAUAGGUGGGCAUGCCUUACUUGGACACGAGGCGGGCGACGCCGACAACAACGCUGGCGGUUCGAUGGCAGAUGAGCACUUCCAUCUGGACGACGACAUCGUGAUGUUUGAAGACGCAGAACCUGUGAUUCAAGCUCCUGAAGGACCAGAGGCUCGACAAUCUGCAGGUCCAGAAGAUCAACAUGGCCUAUAUGGGACUUCCCUGACCGGGCCUUCCCAAGAGCAGUCAGAGACGGCUGAGGCACCGCAGCAACGGGUACGCCAGGUAAAGCCUCUUCGGCCAGACCAGCGGACAGAGUUAAGCAAUCGAGACCUGAGCGACUGGAACCAGAACUAUCUUGCCAACAUGGAAGAAGCCAUGAUCGCACAACAAAACAAAAAAUCUCACCGUGAAGCAAAGAAGAACGCACAAUUCUGGGUGAUGCAACAAGGUAUCGGCAAUAUUGCCGCCAAUUUUGGCGCAGACAGAGAACCUCACCCUCAUGCGUUGUUCAGUGGUCAGCCACUCUGGGAUCUGCUAGAGGGUGCAGCCACUGCUCUCAAGAGAACGCGCAGCACCUCAACAACCGACGGGGAUGAAGACGCGAGACGAGUCAGAGCCAGAACAGCUUCCGACGAAGGUGUAGCUCGUGGACACCAUGGCGACGGUGAUGGCUUUGUGUUUGGUGACGAUGACGUCGCAAUGUUCCCAAGCGACGACUUCAACCCUGAGAGCGAAAUGGGUCGACAAGCGCCGUCGUCGCUGCCUGACCGAUCUUCAGGUAUGCCCUGGAACGUCUCCGCAUCUCGUCAUAGUUCAACUCAGCCCUUUGGGAGCGGAUUAGCAGCGAGAUUAAGUUCCAGUGUUGUAGGAGGUGUACCCGGUGGUAUGGAACUUGUUGGUCCACCUUCGGCACUUGGAAGGCGCGGAUCGCGUCUCACGUCUGUAAGUCCCUUGGUAGGAAGAGGCUCGGUUGUAUCCAGAAUCGGCAGCCCUUCGCAUCUCACCAGCAAUGAGGAUGAAUUUGCGGACCUGGAUGCCCAGCUUGGCCUGGGUACCGACUUGGACUUCGAGUUGUACGGCCCGGCUGCUGAGGUCGACACGCAGACAGCGCAGCAGAGCUCGUGGAUUCAGAUGGCCUUGGAGAACGAAGCCAACAAUUUUUUCAGUUUCGUCAAAACGAAGAUCAGCGAGCAGCCACGUGAUGAGCAAGGGGAGGGCGACGGCGGUACAAGUGUACAGGACAAGAUCACCUUCGAGGAGUUGCUGCCAUCAUCUCAGAAUUCGUACGUUGUUGCUGCUCAAGGCCUUCUCCACGUUCUCGCAUUGGUCACCAGGGGUUUGCUCGGGGUGACACAGGAUGACCCCUUUGGAGACAUCGAGAUUACAGUCGUCAAUUUUUCAUGA